AUCAACCUUCUCCAUGGCUCGAGUGCAAGCUAGCGAUGAACUGGUACCAAGACCAAUUUUCGAAAUGCCAGCGAACGCUGAAGUCAGAGAUAAGCAAAAUUCCGAUAAUUGCAGUCAAGAUUCGGGUGUAAAAUUAAAGAAGCGCAUAAAUCUUAUAGAUGGUGUGGCGAUCAUUGUCGGCGUGAUAGUCGGUGCAGGCAUUUUUGUUAGUCCUAAAGGUGUCUUAAAGUAUUCCGGCUCGAUUGGUCAAUCUAUUGUGGUAUGGAUUUUAUGCGGCGUUUUAAGUAUGCUCGGAGCUCUAUGCUACGCCGAAUUAGGUACAAUGAUACCAAAAUCAGGAGGUGAUUAUGCAUACAUAGGAGCGGCAUUUGGUCCUUUGGCGGCUUUUCUCUAUCUCUGGGUAGCAUUGCUGAUCCUCGUGCCAACAGGUAAUGCAAUUACCGCAUUGACAUUUGCUCAGUAUUUAUUGCAACCGUUUUGGCCUUCCUGUGAUGCCCCUAUUGAGGCGGUACAAUUACUAGCAGCUAUGAUUACAUGCCUUUUAACUGUCAUCAAUUGCUACAACGUGAAAUGGGUCACAAGAGUAACGGAUAUUUUUACUGGAACCAAAGUAUUCGCUUUAUUAGUAAUCGUAGCAGCUGGUGCUUGGUAUUUGUUCUCAGGCCAUGCCGAUCACUGGGAUUCACCAAUGGAUGGUACACUAACAACACCUGGUUUUAUAGCGUUAGCUUUUUAUAACGGUUUAUUUUCAUACUCGGGCUGGAAUUAUUUGAAUUUUGUUACCGAAGAGUUAAGGGACCCUUAUAAGAAUUUACCUAAGGCGAUAUGUAUUUCAAUGCCAGUGGUAACGAUUAUUUAUGUCGUUACAAACGUUGCCUAUUUCUCGGUGCUGACGGCAGACGAAAUUUUAGCUUCCGAUGCUGUCGCCGUAACUUUCGGAGAUAAAAUGUUAGGCUUUAUGUCAUGGCUAAUACCCUUUUUUGUAGCAUGCUCAACAUUUGGCUCUUUAAAUGGAGCCAUUUUUGCCUCCAGUCGGUUAUUUUUUGUGGGAGCCCGUAAUGGUCACUUACCCGCUGCCAUAUCACUUAUUAAUAUCAGUUGUUUGACACCGAUACCAUCAUUAAUAUUCUUGUGUAUUCUUACGCUUAUACUUUUGUUUAUAAAAGAUGUUUACUCGCUCAUCAACUAUGUAAGCUAUGUCGAAGCUCUUUUUACAUUAUUAUCCGUUUCGGGGUUAUUGUGGCUUCGUUAUAAGCAGCCUAAAAUCGAGAGACCAAUACGGGUCAAUUUGGCUUUGCCCAUUAUUUUUUUAAUCACCUGUAUAUUUCUAGUAGUAUCAUCAGUCUUCCAGUCUCCAAUUGCAGUCGGCAUAGGCACUGGAAUUAUCCUCUCAGGCAUUCCAGUUUAUUUAAUGACAAUAUAUCGCCCAGUCGGCUGGCUAACGAAACUAUCAAUUCUUUUAAAUCAAUGUUGUUCUAAAUUCUUUAUUUGUAUGCCAAACCAAGAGAAAUUUGACUAACACUUCUUCACGCGCGCAUUACAAGCAUUCCCGGCCAAUGCAUUUAUCGUAUCUGCUGUUGAAGACCAAUUAAUCAAAGACAUAAUUACAUCGCUAUAAUGUGCCUUAAUCUUAAAUAUAAGAUUUUUAAUACUCUUAUAUUAAUUGUAACGGCACACUUGAUAACAAAGUAUAUUUUUUUUUGUUGGUGAGAAAUACUUUAGAAAACUUCUAAAAAGACAAAAAAAAAAAAA